GGAGGACCAGUGAGCUGCAUGGCUAAAGACUUAAGGAUUGAUAGGGCAGAAAUUGUUUGAACUGACAUGUAACGCUACACAAAUGGAUAUAGCAGUCGCAGUGGAUGUCGGAAAACGGCAAUUUGUUUAGAUAUGGUUUACUUUGUUUAUGUUUUACCCGUGGCGGUCCGAAACUUAAACCAUGACAUAUUGAAGAAGGAUAGCCGUAGCUAGCUAACGAGCUAGCUCUGUAAAUAGGACCUUAUUUUUUUUAAUUAGCAACCAAACGGGCUAACGUUUUUGCCUUGCUCUAACGACCCUUUCCUUGUUUUUGCAGUUAUCUUAAUUUGUAUUUAAAUAAUUGUUUUGAAUGUAAUACUUAAAAACGCUAAUGUGGCUUUCUAAUUAGGCACCGGUAGAAUUACCUUGCAAACUUAUCCUGGUAACACUCACUGAUAUACUGCUAGCAUGUAUUAUGGCUAACGUUACGAUAAGGUUAUACGACAGCUUCAGUUAGUGUUGACACUAUGGUGUCACUUAACUAGUGCAUGGACAAACACCUUUGCCUAUGUGAACGUUACCGUUACUUGUGAGGCGUGGUACGUAUAGCGACAUUAAUGUGAGCGUAAACUGAAUAGCAUGCAGUGUGCGUCUGAUACUUUUUCGGGAUCCCAUUCCAUGCCCGGAAGAAUGGCUUUCUUGUUGAUAAGGCUACAUGGUGAUGCAUGAAAGGUGGACAUAUUCCAGAGGCAUAAAGCCUGUCCUCUUUGCGCCUUUGAGGACAUGUCAUUUUCAGCAGCAUGCAGCAUCAUCUUGAUGGCAGGAGCAGCAAUAGUGCCGAUGCCCCGAUGCCGAGCGGCGCCUCUGCCUAUUCCUCUUUCCGAUUUUUGCCAGCUGUCGCCUUCGGAAUCGCAGCAGCCGUCCUCUUUCAGUUUGGAUAUGGGGGAAUCAGCGUUACGUCCUUCUUUCUGAAGCUGUUUAUUUAUGUGUCCUUCGCGUUGCUCUGUUUUCUUUUGGGAAGCAUCGCCCUGCUUGUGAAGAAGAGCCCUCCCAAAAUCACCAAUUUUGACACCUCAAAGAGGCAAUCCUCUUACCUGUCGGAUUUCUUCAACAAAUUAAUGGCACGAUUCUCUGUGCCUAUACUGGACUCUGCACAAACCAGGAGAGUGGUGGUGUCACACAAUGUGGAUAAGGCCCUCAAAGAAGUGUUCGACUACAGCUACAGGGACUACAUCCUGUCCUGGUAUGUGCCUCUCAGCCGGGACGAGGGACAGCUGUACCAGAUGCUGUCGGAGGACUUCUGGGAGAUGACCAAGCAGCUCCGCUCCCGCCUGACUGACGUGGACAUGGUCAACCUGGUCUGCAAUGACAUUGUCAAGGCCCUGCAUGCCCACUUCUGCGACCUCAAAGCAGCCAACACCAGACAGGAGGAGCUGGCGCGCGCGUUCCGUCUGCACCCGUGCCUGCGCGGGCCCGAGGAGGAGCAGCGUUUCCUGCGCUGCUGUGCCCGCCUGCUGCUGCUGUGUCUGCUGCCCACCCGCGACGCCCGCUCCCACAGUCUCCGCGCCGUGCUCGUCGAGAUCGUCGCCAACAAAGUGCUGAAGCCGAUGGUGGAGCUGCUGAGCGACCCGGACUACAUCAACCGCAUGCUGCUGGCCCAGCUGGAGCACCGCGAGCAGGUCAACGAGCACCACAAGAAGGCCUACACCUACGCGCCCUCCUACGAGGAGUUCAUCAAGCUCAUCAGCACCAGCUCCGACAUUGACUUCCUCAAACAGCUCAGGUACCAGAUUGUUGUGGAGAUCAUCCAAGCGACGACGCUCAGUAGCAUUCCACAGCUGAAGAAACAGAAAGACAGCAAAGGGAAGGAGACGGCGGCCAUGAAGGCGGACCUGCUCCGCGCGCGCAACAUGAAGCGCUACAUCAACCAGCUGACGGUGGCCAAGAAGCAGUGCGAGAAGCGCAUCCGGCUGCUGGGGGGGCCCAACUACGAGCAGCAGGAGGACGGCGCCGGCGACGAGGCCGACGGCCCGCAGAGCCAGAGGAUCCUUCAGUUUGAAGAGAUCAUGUCCAACAGCACAUUCCGAGAGCACUUCAGAGUCUACAUGGAGCGCGUGGACAAGAGGGCCCUCAUCAGUUUCUGGGAACUUGUGGAGACACUGAAGACUGCAAAUAAGAAUGAGGUGGCCCAGCUGGUGGGGGAGAUCUACCAGAACUUCUUUGUGGAGAGCCGCGAGAUCCCCGUGGAGAAGGCCCUGCUCAAGGAGAUCCAGCAGACGACCGUGGGCAACAAGGGCACCGACGUGUUCCACAAGAUCCAGGCGGACGUGUACGAGACCAUGAAGGAGCGCUACUACCCCUCCUUCCUGGUCAGCGACCUCUACGAGCGGCUGAUCCGCCGCGAGGAGCAGCGCAGCAUCUCCCAGUCCAGCAGCGAGGACAAGGACGAGAGCAGCCAGACCAUGGAGGGCGCGGAGGAGGGUCUGGACGAGGGCAGCAAGGGCAUCAACGAGCAGGCCAGCUACGCCGCCAACAAGCUCCGGCAGCUCUACGACAAGCUGGAGUACAAGCGCCAGGCCCUCGGCUCCAUCCAGAAUGCACCAAAGCCAGACAAGAAGAUUGUGUUGAAGCUGAAGGACGAGAUCGGAGCCAUGGAGAAGGAGCACAGCGACCUGCAGCUGCACAUCUCACGCACAGACCUGUGGUGUGAGAACCUGGGCACGUGGAGGGCUGUCAUCAGCGCUGCUGAGGCGUGCGAGGAGAACGGAGAGCAGGUGCCGAUCUACUCGGUGGCCGUCAGCCUGCCGGAGGGCGACGACACCAAGAGCAGCCGCUGGACCGUCACCAGGAGGCUCCCGGAAUUCCAGGCCCUCCACAGGAAGCUCACCGAGUGUUUCCCCUCUUUGAAGAAGGUCCAGCUGCCAUCGCUGAGUAAACUGCCAUUCAAAUCCAUCGACCAAAAAUUCCUUGAGAAAUCCAAAAACCAGCUCAACGCCUUCUUACAGAAAAUGCUGAUGGACGAGCGCAUGUGCCAGAGCGAGGCGCUCUACGCCUUCCUCAGCCCCUCCCCCGAGCACCUCAAGGUCAUGGACAUCCAGAAGAAGUCCUCCUUCUCACUGGCCUCCUUCCUGGAGAGGCUGCCUGGGGACUUCUUCUCCCAUCAGGAGGAGGAGGCGGAGGACGACAGUGACCUCUCGGACUACGGCGACGAGGCCGACGGGAAGAAGGAUGCCCUCGCCGAGCCGUGCUUUAUGCUCAUCGGAGAGAUCUUCGAACUCAGGGGCAUGUUCAAAUGGGUACGGAAGACACUAAUUGCACUAGUUCAAGUCACAUUUGGACGGACCAUCAACAAGCAGAUCAGAGACACGGUGAACUGGAUCUUCAGUGAGCAGAUGCUUGUUUACUACAUCAACAUUUUCCGGGACGCCUUCUGGCCCAACGGGAAGCUGGCGCCCCGCGCCGAGGCUCGCUCCGACUCGGAACGCCGCGAGACCAAGGAGAGGGCCCAGCAGAAGCUGCUGGAUAAUAUCCCAGAUGCACUACAGAAUCUUGUGGGACAGCAGAACGCCAGAUACGGCAUCAUCAAAAUCUUCAAUGCACUUCAGGAAACCAGUGCCAACAAACAUCUUCUCUAUAUCCUCCUUGAGAUGCUUCUCAAAGAACUCUGUCCUGAACUAAACGGGGAAAAGGACCACGUCCAGUAAACCAUCACAAACACAAAUACAGAAGCUCACACGAUGAAGACACACACACACACACACACACACACACACACACACACACACACACACACACACAUACACACACUCACACCCAGGUUGACCUUCAGUUCUCUGUCUGUGACUGGAGGACUGCUUUUAGUUCUUGUUCUUUCUCUUUCUCUCUGUCUGGUCCGUUGACCAAUUAGUGCUCAUUUAGUGGGCUCUGUUUAUUUCUUCACUUCAGAUCUCUCGUUUAGUUCUGCUGGGGAUGGACAGGUCUGACUCUGCUUGUCUGUUUGUGUAUGGAGAUUUUGUUUUCUAAAAAACCAAGGGGAAGGUCUUAUGACAUGUGAAUAGCUGUGAAUUGAGUGUUGUGUCGGUAAACACAAAUAAAUACAUAAAAACACAACAGUAACCAUGGACCUCAUACAAACCCCUACCUACAGUACAGUACAGUCAUUCGGAAGGCUUUUUAUCGUGCAAUAUGUCAUGUCAAGUUAUUAUUGUGACCAUUUUAUUUGUGAUAUUAUUAUGAUAGAUUUUUAUUUUUACCAAAACUAGUUUAGAGCAUUUGUAAGCAAUAAAAUGCGAAACUUA